AUGAUGAAUCCACGGCCGUUUCAGAUUAUGAAUCAAAUUCCUCCGUCUUCACAGGUAUUUCAGUCUUGGAUUAUGAACCAUCCUCCGUUAUUAGGUCAGCCUCACGCUAUGAUGAAUCCCCCAAACUUUAGCCCUAACCCUAAUUUGAAAAACCCUAAUAACUAUUGUCACAAUUGGGAAGAUAAGAAGAUGGAUCCAGUCAGGAGAAUGCAUAGCACUGGUGGUAACAGAGUGAACAAGUUUCGAUCUCAAAACAAGAAGUUUAAUCCGAAGAAAAAGACACCAUCGGUGUUGCCUACUCCGACGUUCUCUCCGUCGAGAGAGGUUUUGGGAGAUAUGGCGAAGGAAGAAUGGGGACAUGAAAUGGAACCUUUCGAUGAUGAUGAGGAUGAAGAUGAAGGAGGAUCGUGUGAGAGUGAAUUAGAUGAGCAUGUAGAGGUUGAGAGGAGAUUAGAUCAGGAUUUAAGCCGGUUCGAGAUGAUUUAUCCGAAUCAUAAUGUUUUGGAAAACCGAGUUGAUGAUCACGAUAGUCAUAUUGCUCAACUAGAGGAAGAUAACUUGACUAUGAAGGAAAAGUUGUCUACGAUGGAAAUAGACUUUGGUGAGUUUAAAAGAAGGUUACAGUAUCUCGAGAGGCGAGAUAUGGUUGUUGGUGAUGAUGGUAACGGGGAGGUUGUAGAGAAUGAAUCUGAAAUUUAUAGUGAAAGAAAGGGCUUUGAUGUGCGUACAAGUGGUGAGAGUGAGACAAAUGAGAAUAACUUGGCUGUAGAAGACGUUUGUAUGAAGGAUGUUGCGAGGGACGAGGCUUCGAGGAACAAAGUCAACAAUGCCAUUCAGAUCAAGGUAGAUGAAGCUAAAGGAGAACAAGACGUACAAUCAUUGAUGGAUGCACAUAAAAUGUUGAUCAUGCAUAGCUAA